AUGAAAGACUUAUUCUUCGCAGACAUCAACAGCGCUCUCAUCCUGAGACACUACGACAACAAACUGCUACUGGUCAGCGGGAACAAAAUAAAAUUUUAUACCUACGAGGAAAUAAAAAAGGUGGUUCGCGCACAAAAUAUUGCCAUAUACGGCGUCGAUUAUAUAGAUAAAAAUGAAAAAAUUGUGUAUAUUUCGAAUAACGUAAAGUUAAAGUGCCCCCUCAGAAUUAGUGAAGCCCGUUUUGGAGGAACGGACAUCCGCUCGUUCAACAAUGAUAAUGGCAUAGCAACAGAAGGGAAAAGGGACCACACCGACCAGGUUGCCAGCGCACCUGCACAAAUUGUAACCUCGCAGAACUCACAUGAGAGUGACCCACACAAUGGUGAUUCGUGUAAUGGUGCCCCCCAUAGUGAUAACCUCCCCAAUGGGGACGCAACAACUACAGGAGAAUCGCACAGCGCGAACAAUACGUUAGCCGAUAACCACGGCAACAAGGGGAACACCUCCAAGGCUGCAACAAACCACGUCUGCAUUGCCUUUGAACACGGAAAUGUGUGUAUCUUCUCAGAAGACGAAGCUAACAAGGAGUUCAUUUACGAAAAAUUAAUAUAUAGGAAAGUAUGCGAUAUCGUUAAAAUCGAAAUGUUCCCAAUUAAUAACAAUCUGAACUGCUUAAUUCUUUACAGGGACUACACCUUAAUUUUGUACAAGGACAGGUACCUUAGUUCUGUUAAGCUCCCCACACAUGAAUAUGCGUAUAAUUUCUGCCUGAGCACGAACUAUCAAAAUAUGGCCGUCUUCAACCACAUCAGUAUGUACAUAUAUGACAUUUCGAAGAAUGAUCUUUGUAUGGAUGACAAGGGGGAUGCGAAGGCAGAGGGGGGGACACACAAGUCGAGUGGAGUGGAGGACACUCAAGGGAGUGUCAACAACGGGGGCAGCGGCAACAACGGGGGCAGCGGCAACAACGGAGGCAGCGGCGACAACGGGGGCAGCGGCAACAACGGAGGCAGCGGCGACAAUGGUGAUAGGGGUUGUAACGGUGGAGACGACACCGCCAACAACUGUGUCGAGGUGAAGAACAUCUUCGAGCUUUCGAAGAAUUACAAAAAUAUUCUGACUUGCGACUGGCAUCCAAAAAACCACUGCAUUUCCCUGUGUGGAAAAAAGGCCGUGCGGUACCUAACCAUAUAUAACUACAAGGUAUACGAAUUUUCUGGAGCAGAAAUUCACGAGUCCUUUAUCAAUGCCACCAAGUUCAUCACCAUUUCGGACAACGUAAUUUUACUCACUACAUUAAGUUGCGCCGAUUACCUUUUUUGCGUGUGGGAAUUCGAACUCGAGUACUGCCUCUACAAAUUUAAGAGCGAGUAUUUGAUUUCCCAUUUUGAUCUGUCUUACUUCAAUGAUCAUCUUCAUAUAUCCAUGCUAGCCCAGGAGAAACACUUAGCUAAUGUAAAACUGAUGGGGAAAAAAAUCUUGCAAAAAAUCGAGUGGAACGAUUCAGAAAAGGAAGCAAGUAGCGCUGAAGAAGAAUACCAAAAUGAUGGGUCCAAAUGGGAGCGCUCCACUGCUGGAAAACAAAUUCAUGAGAAGCAAAACAUAAACAACCUUGCUGAUAUUUUGAAAGAUAACAGUAACUACCACGUGGAGAAGAAGAAAAAACUCAGCGUGAAGAGCACGUCCACCUUUCUAAAUGAGCGAAAUAAAAUGAGUAGCGAGUUACGCACAGGGAAUAACGAUAAAAGAAGGAAUAGCGAUUCAUAUUCUGGCGAACUAUACCUUCAUUUGAAUAAUGUAAAAAAGAGAAAAAAGAAAAUAUUCACGGAUGAUGAUGAAGAAAGCAAAGAUACAUUUAUCAACAUGUCACAUAAGAAAGUUGAACGGGAUCGAGAUGGAGAUGCACAAAACAAGAGGGAAGACAAGCAGGAUGAGGACUACGAUGGUAGGAAGGCAGACAAGGACAGUGACUACCAAUACAAUAGUGACGAAAAUGAGAAACAUAUUUCGCAUAACAAAAAGAGACACACCAACCCAGCUGAAGAAGACAAUGAGUACAAUCCGAAGGAAUAUAAUUUACAAGAAUUUAUAAACAAAAAUAGAGAUGUCAUAAGGAAUAGCAAUAAAGGAAGGCGGAAUACCGACCCAUUUUUUGAAGACAGCAAUUAUUUGUUCGAUAAUGAAGAUGAACAGAAAAGCGUAACCGGAUUUAAUACCUACGUUAAAGACAAAUUUGACCAACUGAGAGAACUAAAAAAGCAAGUAGAUUUACUUCAAAAGCAGAUUAGUGGUUAUACAAAAAUUAAUCAUGACGAUUUUAUUGUACUCUGUCCAGGAUUAUGUGAAGAACCAGAAAAUAUAAAUGACCAAUGGUGCAUGUUCUGGAAUGAUAUAGGACAUAUAACAAAGAAAAAAGAGGGAAACAAAACCUACAUUUAUGUAUAUCUCUUCAGAGGGGAAGAUGUUGGGAAGAAAAAAAUCACAGAUAUUUACAACGUAACGGCUGCAUCUCUAAGUGCCUACGGAUUUGCUUUAGCAUCUAACCCGUAUGAAAAAUCUUUCUCAAAAAUUAACAGCAUAUUAUGUUUUCACAAUUUGAGAGAUAAUGUCAUUUGGAACAAAUACCUACCAAAUGAUGAAUUCAUAAAAGGAGUAGCCAACGGAAAUAACUUCGUCGCCAUUGUCACAUCUAGCGUAUCCACAUAUAACAUAAACAACACAUAUAAUUGCACACUCUACAAAAUUAAUGAAAAUUUUACCAACUUGAAAUCGAACAAGUACAACACAUAUCACAUAACCAUACUCUAUGAUGAUGUCUUGUCUCUCCCUUCAUGUCAUUAUUUGAAUUGGGUCAACAUGUCCAACUUUGGUAUUCCAUACGUUAGGGACACGUCCAAUUUUAUAUAUGGUUUAUAUCCUCUUUUUAAGAGCAGCACUAACCAUAUUGUGUAUGAUUGGGUCCCAGUUUUCGAUUUUAACAAUUUGAACAAAGUAGAACCCACGGAAAGGAGGGCUGCUAAACAAAACGCAAAACAUAUGCAUGGCAACAUGAAAGGUAGUAACAAACACGCUGCUACUGACGCACAACAGGAUGAAGGUGAGAAAGGAGAAAAUGAACAAAACGUGAAUGAUGAUAACCCCGAUGAUGAUCUCCUUACAUACAGUGAAUGCACCUACUACCCUCUCUAUUUUGACAAUUUUGAACAAAUCUCCGUUAUCAAAUUAAAUAAAAAUGAAGUUGAACCUAGGUCGAACAAGAUUGAAAGCUGUCUAGGUUACAACGUAGAGAAGAAGUACAUCCUUACGAACGAAUGCAACCUGAUUAAGUAUGAAAGAUUUGUUAAGUUGAUACAAACCAACCCUAACCUCUCCUUAGACAACGAUUCUAACAAUAGCGAGUUUACUUCCCUACCUUGGGAGCAGUACGACGAAUUGCGCUCUCGAGUCGACUUAUUUUGCAAACAGCUAUUUGCGAACAUACACUAUGACUAUAUGAAUGAUGGCAAAAAUAAAAGUGCCAGUGAUACCCUAAAAUCGCUAAACAAAUUAUACGAUAAAUGGAUUAUGCGAAUGUUUGCUAUACUCAAAAAUGAUAAAAAAAAUCAAAAACUAGCUGUCAAAACGUCUAGGUUAUUCAAAAAUAUUAAAAAUAUGAUGCUGUCCAUAAGUCUUGUGGAUGAUGAAUACAGCACCCUUCACAGCGAAAUUACAAACGAAUAUUUAAAAAGACAAAUAAAAGAUGAAAGCUACAAAAAUUUUGAAGAAAAUUUACAUUACGAUGAAGAUUAUAAUGACGACGAACAGAAACGGAAAGAAAUAUACGAAAAGUGUUACAACAAUAAUCAGCACAUGUCUGAGGAUGAGAAAAAAAAACUCCCUGACGUUAAACAAAUGAACCAACAGUACAUCAACGUCGCCAAGCCGCAGGUCGAACAUAAGGAGAAAAAAGAAAGUGGGUUCCUCGAUAAAUUCUUUACGGGUGUGACGAAAAAUCAAAGUGUGGAUAACCUCUUCUCGCAGGAGAAAAAAACCACGCAAAUUAAGAAAAAGAACACCUUGGAGAGUUUCUUCUCCGAGCUGAAGGAGAACUGA